UAAAACCGCCAUAAAGUAAACGACCUUGUAUUCCCUUUCGAAGACUUGAGAAUUUGUCUCUGACUUUAAACACUUGCACAGAAAGAUUAGAUAUAGAGAUCUGUGUGAAAUCGUUCAUAGUGAUUGCUGUACGCCAACCCUUUUUGACAAAGUAAGAACAGUUGAUCGAUUCUAAAGAUAUAAAACCGCGGGAAAGAAUUCCGUUUUGAUUUUAUGUUUUAGAGAGAAAUUGGCGAUGGAGAAGAGAUAUCCCGUUGCAACUGGUGGAAUCCUCCACAAAAUCAAGAAAGCUGCUUGCCUUGAUGCAUCAUCAUCUGACACUGGAAAAGGAAAAAAAUACAGAAACAUAAAGGGUCAUGUUCUUGGACUAUUUGCCAUUUUUGAUGGCCAUUUGGGUGAUCGUGUGCCAAGUUAUUUGAAAGAUAAUCUUUUUAACAACAUUCUUAAUGAGCCAAGUUUUUGGAAAGAUCCAAUGAAGGCAAUAAAAGAUGCAUAUCGUUCUACCGACCAAUUUAUCCUUGAGAAUUCCGGGCAGUUAGGUCCGGGCGGGUCAACUGCGGUCACCGCAAUUGUUAUUGACGGUAAAGAUCUGUGGGUGGCAAAUAUAGGCGAUUCUAGGGCGGUCUUGUGUGAGAGGGGUUCCGCCAAUCAACUUACUGUGGACCAUGAACCGCACGUAGAAAGAAAAAGGAUCGAGAAACAGGGUGGAUUUGUCACUAUUCUUCCAGGUGAUGUUCCUCGAGUGAAUGGCCAGCUAGCGGUUGCUCGUGCUUUUGGGGACCAAAGCCUAAAAGCACAUCUAAGUUCAGAACCCGACAUACGACAUGUACCCAUCGACCCCACCAUAGAGCUUGUAAUAUUGGCAAGUGAUGGCUUAUGGAAGGUGAUGAGCAACCACGAGGCAAUCGAGAUGGUGAAAUCCAUCAAAGAUCCCUUAGCAGCCGCCAAGCGUUUGACCUCAGAGGCAUUAGCAAGAAAAAGCAAAGAUGAUAUUUCAUGCAUCGUUAUUCGAUUCGGUUGAUAACACCCAUUAACAUCUUCUAUUAUUCGCAUAUUCGGUAAUAUCUUCCUAUUACUUAGAAUAAAUAUGUCGUAUAUAAUAGGCGAUGAUUUAGUAUUUUAUUUUAUUUUUUCGUUUUUUUCGGAUUGUAUAUUCUAUACAUAAAUAAGAAUUGUAGCAGACCAUGAUGUAUAGUGUGUUAGGUUUAAUAUGUUUGUUUUAAAGUGUGCUUAAUUUGUCUUCAUGUCUUUUACAAAUUAAUAAUGCAUCAUCAGAUUUGGUUGGGCAUUUUUUUAUGGGAGAAUAAUUAAAGAAAAUAUAAUGAGGAAAUUGAAUGUGUGUAGCUGGCAUAGUGAAUGCAGAAAGUAGAGUAGUGAGUGUAGUGUGUAUAAUUUGAAGAACAGAUGCAUGUGAUGAAGCACAUGACUUGUUAUAAAACGGUGGGCAGGAUGGAUUUGGUGGUGUUACAAUUUCAGUAGAAUUUGUGCUUCAGAUUCACAACAGUUUUUCA